CCACGAACCAAUGCGAUCGGGGGUGUCGCUUAUCCUCGUACCGGUGUACAACACGGAGGAAUCCUCGAGCUAUUUCACCUGCCUGCGGUAGAUUCUCUCGUGAACUUGACACUUUUACCAAGGAGACGUAAAAAGAACGGUUGAGCAGCCCCUUGGUCUGUCGUUGAAUCGCGGAGAAACCGAGUCAGUGGGCAAAAAAAGAAAAAUAAAGGUUCAUGUGUCACGAAAUACGGCAAAAUGAGGCUCACGCGAAAGUGUCUCGGCAACAUCACCAAGAUGCUGGAUUUUUACUCGCAGUUCAACCCCUCGCCGCUUUCGAUAAAACAGUUCAUCGAUUUCGGACUAAGUGCAUGCGAAAGGAAGUCUUUUAUAUUCUUAAGGAAGGAGCUGCCAGUCCGACUGGCGAACAUUAUGAAGGAGAUCCACCUGCUGCCGGACAACCUACUGAAAAUGCCUAGUGUGGGUAUAGUUAAUAAUUUAUACGCCACCUCCUUCGAGGAUAUCAUACACUUCGAGAAGGUUGAGGUCAACGAGACCACUUUAGACAAAUUCUGUCAGACCUUGGUGAAAAUACGUAACAGGCACAAGGAUAUCGUCGAGACAAUGGCGCAGGGGGUCUUGGAGCUCAAAGAAUCGCACGAUGUCGAUGCGCAGACAGAGAACAAUAUCCAGUAUUUUCUGGACAGGUUUCUCAUGUCUAGAAUUUCCAUUCGUAUGCUGAUCAACCAGCAUACCCUUCUGUUCGGGGCUGAAUUGAACGGACACAGUACACACGUGGGAUCCAUAGACCCCUCGUGUGAUGUUAUCAACGUUGUGAAAGACGCGUACGAGAAGGCGAGAUUACUUUGCGAUCAAUAUUAUCUGGCUAGCCCGGAACUGAUAGUCAAGCAACAUAACGAAUUCGAACGAUGUAGCCAAAUUAGGAUAGUUUACGUACCGAGCCAUCUGUUCCACAUGUUGUUCGAGUUGUUUAAAAACAGUAUGCGCGCGGUUAUGGAACACCAUGGCUCGGAAUCGGAGUGUCCGCCGAUAGAGGUGAUCGUGUCGCGUGGAAAGGAAGACGUGUGUGUCAAGAUGUCUGAUCGAGGCGGUGGCAUUCCCCGUUCGCAAAUGGACCAUUUAUUCAAGUAUAUGUACAGUACGGCCCCACGACCGAGUGUGUCCGACGCGCACACCGUUCCCCUAGCCGGAUACGGCUACGGUCUUCCAGUGUCCCGAUUGUACGCGAGAUAUUUCCAUGGCGAUCUGGUACUUCAGAGCUGCGACGGCUACGGCACAGAUGCCAUCGUAUACCUCAAAGCUCUGUCCGACGAGGCGAACGAAUUGUUGCCAAUCUUUAACAAGACCUCGUCGAAAUUCUACCGAACACCCGUCUCCACCACCGACUGGAGCAGUCAAUGCGGGGGUGGGAUGGCCACCAGGCAGCUUCGUAUGAGCAACGAGCAGGGCCACAAGCUUCCACGGGGGAUGGAAGUGAGGUAUUGCUAACAAAAUUCCAAUUGUAUGGACCAAAGAAUCGGAGUGAGUGAAUGGCUCGAAGUGAAUUCCGCAACGUUCGUGUCCUGGAAACUGAAUAACUAGAAAAUGAACCGUGUUCAAGAUCCCCGGCGAUCGAGUUCCCAUCUCUCGCUUGGGGAAUUUGUAGGCGACUGACCGCGUGGGAUGUAUCCAAGCUUUUUCGAAACGUACGGAGAUAAUUGAAGCUUCUCGUUGCACCCACCCACGGUUAAGGCACCACAUAUCACGCUGAAGGAAACCGAAAGAUUCGACUAGCUUCCGUUGUUCUCCUACUUUCGUACUUUCCACCGGAAGUCAGACGAUACCUCCUGGAGCCUCCGGAUAUUUUUGUCGCGGUCAUUUUUGUAUAAUUUCAGGACCUGAUUUGUUGCUUUCGCUUCUUGUGUGUACGUACAUUCUGUUAAAAUUAAACUAUCGACGUUUAGAUCCGGAAGUUUGAAAUAACUUGGAUCCGAAGAAUCUUCAAGAGGGCAUUUAAUUGUUCCACGUGACUCGCCUGGAAGCUCCAGGGGGACUUCGUUUUAUUUUUUUAUAUUUCGCGCGUUUAUUAAGUCAGCAUUUUAAUUGCAUAUAGGUAACUGCAAAGCAUUUCUUUGCGUCCGAGGGGAUUAGGUAGUUUGUCUAGGGAGAGAACGUCAUACGGAGUGCAAACUGUGAUUCAAUGCCAGACUUUAGUUGAAUAGAUAGGGAAACUGUGAACUGGUUCCUCAUAGAAGGAAAACGUUCACCAUUUGUGACGAUGUAAAAAGAAGAUUCAUAAUCUAUCGAUUAAAUGCGCGAGAGAGCUACAGAAACGAUAUGACGCGAGUCAAGCAGGACUGGCUCCGAUGAAAAAUUACAUUAGACGACCCACAUCCCUGAAAAGUAUUUUGUAUAAUGUGAACGAGCAGACUCUCGAGAAGUCCUUUUAACUCCUUGGCUUUUUAAUUAACCUUUUAUACAAACAAACGAUGAAAUAUUUCUACGCGACAAUUUCUUUUUACGUACGUGUCAAGAUUCUUUUCUAGAUUUCUCGUUUACGACUAUUUAACGAAAAUGCAGCCCGAAUUUUCUUAUAUUUUAUACAUAUCCCAACUGUGAAUUUGUACUUUAUUCGAACAAAUUAAAGUUUCUGCAAUGUCCGUCGAUGAAUUCGCAUAUUUUGUAUAAGAGAUUAGAUUGCAAUCCAUAAAGUUUUGCGUGAUUUUGUUCUCGACGAGGAUCGGAA